AUGAUGAGGAACGAAUUUUUAGUCAACACAAUUUAUAACCAUGGGAAUUUGAAAAAGGUACUGGGGUUACUGAAAAGCCUAAAUAAAAGCAAGAAGCUGAAUCUGAUAUGUCAGAUGUGUGAGAAUUUAAACAUAGAAGAAGAUGAAGAGACUUUGCGAAUAUUUCUGAACGAAUUGAAUCAUAUUAGCAAUGAUGAAAGUGUGAAUAGUAAGCUCAGUGAGAAUAACAGGGGAGGAGGAAGUGCUGUUGACAAUCAGAGUAGUGUUAGCCUGAUGAACAUUGGAAAACACAUCGGAAUUGUAAAUAGAUGUAAUAACAAUCUUUUGAUUGAUAGCAAUAACAACUUGUAUGAAGAAGGGAAGGACCUGAGUGGCUCCCUCUCCAAUAGUUCAGAAGAAAUUAAUGAAUUUGACAUUGACAUGAAUACAGCUACUAAUGAGAAAAAUAAAGCUACCAGAAUUUAUGUCGAUGGAAUUUUUGACUUGUCUCAUUCAGGCCAUUUCAAUGCCAUGAGACAAGCGAAGGAGUUAGGUGAUGUGGUGGUUGUUGGAAUCAAUUCCGAUGAAGAUGCGUUAAACUCCAAGGGUGUUAUGCCUAUAUAUACUCAAGAAGAAAGGGGGGCAUUGAUAGCCGGGUGUAAGUGGGUAGACGAAGUUAUUAUAGGUACAAAAUAUAAUGUCAGUAUGGAACUCUUGGGAAAGUACAAUUGUGAUUACGCGGCCCAUGGUAGUGACAUUGCAUAUGAUAGAAAUGGUAAUUGUUGUUAUGAGGAAGUUAGAAAAAACAACAGGUUAAAAAUAUUUGAGCGAAGUUAUGGCAUUUCCACCACAACAAUAAUUAACCAUUUGUUGCAGGCGGUGAGCAGCUCCAAUAAGAGCCUGUCCGAUGGGGACGCACCGACUGGGGUGGUGGUAAACAAUAUGAGCAUCAGUGUACCCAGUGGUGGAGGAGGAGUCUCGAACACCAACCUUCCUAGUACGAAGGGUACCAGUGCGAAGACUGUGAGUGGAUAUGAGGACGACAAAGCGUCACCCUCGAAGAGUAAUGGAAAAUGCCUGAACGGCAUAGGUGAAAAAAGUAACCUGAGUAAAAAAUCUAAAACGAAUUCGAAAGAAUUCGAAGAAGAAAACACUGUGAUGGAAGCGACGACCAUGGCGGACAACAAAAUUAGGCCAUCCGAGUCUAUGUCCAGUUUAAAACACGCCUUAAGCAAAAAUAAAUGUUACGUAACUGCAUCCCAGUUGUAUCAAUUCAUGGGAAAUCAUGAAAAAAAAAACAAAAAAAAAGUAGUAUACGUGGAUGGGUCGUUUGAUAUAUUUCAUAUUGGUCAUUUAAAAAUAUUAGAGAAUGCCAAAAAGUUAGGUGAUUACUUGAUAGUCGGCAUGCACUCUGACGAGGUCGUGCGGAAAAUGAAAGGGAAGUACUUCCCCGUCGUGUCCCUCCUGGAAAGAACUCUAAAUGUGUUAGCCAUGAAAGUUGUGGAUGAUGUAGUUAUAGGAGCCCCAUGGCUCAUCAGUGAGAGCUUCAUUAAGCGCUUCCAGAUUGAUGUUGUGGUCAGGGGAACCGUUGUUGAUUAUUUUUAUUCGAGCAAUGAGUUAGAUCCAUAUGCCAUUCCGAAGAAGUUAAACAUCUACCAGGAGCUCUCCUCAGAAUCUGGCAUCACUACCUUCGAAAUUAUUGAACGAAUCGAGAAAAACAAAAAUUGUCUGAUGAGUACCAUAUCGAAGAGAAAGAAGAAGGAAGAUAACAUCUGGAAAGUGAACAAUACGUACGUUUUGAAUUAA